AGCAUUUGGUUGUAGGGGACAAUUCCUGCAGUGUUCUUAUUGGUCUGUUGUUCUUGUAUCACACAUUUUAUUGCUGGUUGUCCAUUUAAUUAGGUGUAUUCACGAUCUACACUAAAAACUAUAGUAGAAUAGUAGACUCUCCCUCCCUAUUUAAUACUCAACUCCUCUUUGAAUAUGUAAAACUGUACAACACACAAGAAACGCCUCAACAAUAGUGUAUAGUUGUGAGAAGUAAAGAUGAGUAGUGUGCAUGCAGUGGUAUUUAUGUAUCCAUUACAGGGACACAUCAUUCCAACUUAUAAGCUGGCCACCAAUCUGGCAGCCAAGGGUGUUCUUGUGACAGUGGUGUGCACCCAUGGAUGCCAUGCCCGCAUCAUCAAAGCCAACAAUGGCCGCGACCCUUUCGCCCACAGUUUGGAUUCUAACAUCCGAUCGGCACUUGUAUCCGACGGAUUGCCUCAAGGAUUCGACAGAUCUCUCAAUCACGAUGAUUUCAACAAUGCUGUCUUAAAUAAGAUGGAGUCCCACGUAGAGGAAUUGAUGGAGGAUCUGCAGCGAAAAGGCCCUCCAAUCUCCUGCAUCAUCACCGACACCUUUUUCGUUUGGCCAGACCGCAUAGCCAAGAAAUUUGGAGUCCCAUACGUUUCUUUCUGGACGGAGUCGGUCAUGGUGUUCGCCAUAUAUUAUCACUUGGACCUCCUCGUCAAAAAUGGCCAUUACCCAUUUACAGGAAACGAGAGCGAGCUGAUAAACUACAUUCCUGGAGCUCCAACUUUGAAAUUAACAGAUCUUCCUUCUUAUCUGCAAGAGCGGGAUCUAUCAACAGUGGAGCACGGAGUUAUAUACCAAGCCUUUCAGUCUGUCCGCAAAGCAGAUUGGAUUAUUUCCAACACAGUGGAGGAGCUGGAGAGCCGAACAAUCCAAGAGCUUCAAGUGCAGUCGGGAAUCCCUUUUGGCUCAGUGGGUCCCUUGUUUCAACACCAUCAUUCCAAGGGCGAGGUGGGAACAAGCAUGUGGGUUGAAUCGGACUGUAGGAGCUGGCUCGACAGCAAGCCCAAGAAUUCUGUUCUCUAUGUCUCUUUUGGAAGCUACGCCCAUGUUUCCAAAGCUCAAGUACAGGAAAUGGCAAUGGGUUUGCUGCACAGCAAGCGGCCUUUCCUUUGGGUGCUCCGUCCUGAUAUAGUUUCCUCUGACGUGCAAGACAUACUGCCAGAAGGGUUUAUGGAAGACAGCAAAGAACAGGGUUUGGUUGUUGAGUGGGUGUCUCAGCUUGAUGUUUUGUCCCAUUCUUCUGUGGGUGGGUUUCUCACUCACUGCGGUUGGAAUUCCAUCGUGGAGAGCCUCUGGUUGGGAGUUGCCAUGCUCGCAUUUCCUCUGCUGACAGAUCAGUAUACCAACUGCAGGCUCAUUGUCGAUGAAUGGGGAGUGGCCAUGAAUCUGGGUCAAGUUUCAAGAAGUUGUAAUAGGAUGAGAUCCACGCUGGUGAGUCGCCAGGAGAUUGCAGUGACCAUAGCAGAAUUUAUGGAAAUAGAUGGACAAGAGGGGAAAAGGCCUAGGAGUAAUGUUGGGUGUGUUAGGGAAAUUAUGAAGAAAGCAGUGAUGAAUGGAGGCUCGUCUCAAAACAAUUUGGAAGGCUUCGUAGAGUAUUUGAAAGGGAGAGAGCAGAGCCCCUCUCCUCCACAGCUUGAGUCUCACAUAUGAAGGCUAUGAUAGUGGUUCAGAUGGGUGAAGGUUCAGAGAGGAAGAUCUAAUAGGUAUACAUUUAAAGAAGGUUAGGUUUAUUAUAUUUAUAUUUAAUAAUAGUAUUUAGAGUUAUUUAAAUUAGUUAAUAUUUAAAUAAAGAAUAUUAUAUAGGUGAGGUUUAAGGCUGAUGUGUUUUGAUUAUUGGUGAAGGAUAAUUUUUGUAUCUUUAUUUUUUAUUUAGCAAAAUUAAGAUUGAUCUGUUUCAAAUAUUGGAUAAAAGAUAUUCUUUAUAUUUCUCCUUCUAGGUAACAACUAAAUCACAUAAUUUUUAUGUGAUUUUUAAUUUCUA